AUGGCCGACUCACUCGACUACGUCAAGAUCUGCGAGAGCUGCCCGCCGGGCGACGGCUGGGGCCCGUCCGUGACCACGGACACGACCCUCAACGGCGUGCCGUAUGCGCCCUUCUCCAAGGGUGACAAGCUCGGCCGCAUGGCCGACUGGACCGCCGAGGGCAAGGACCGCGAGCGCGGCGGACGCAUGCAGUACAACCGCAACUACAGAGACCAGCAAGUCUACGGAUCCAGCCACGCCAUCACCUUCAACGCGCCCCCGGCCGAGGACGAGUCGACCUUCUCGCUCGUCAGCAACACGAGAGACUCGACCAAGUCGCGAUAUGGCCGCGGUGCCGUCUUCACCCGCGGUCGCGGUCAGCGCGGCGGACGUGGCGACUCCCGUGGCGGACGGGGAACGUUCCAGCGGACGGGCGGCGCUGGCGGGCGCCAGGGCUACGACCGCGGCGGCCGUCAGGCUGGUGGUGCUCGCGGUGGCCGCCGCUUCGGCUGGAAGGACUACGACAAGCCGGCUCGCAACCGCGACGCCAGCAUCAACAUCAAGGCCGACUGGCAGCUGCUCGAGGAGAUUGACUUCAACCGCCUGGCCAAGCUGAACCUCGACGCGGACGAGGGCGAGGACCUCGAGGACUACGGCUUCCUGUACUACUACGACCGCUCCUACGACAAGCAGCCCGUCAAGGGCGCCGAGAAGAAGCUGAUGGCCAUCGACCGCGCUGCGUACAACGUCACCACGUCGUCGGAUCCUGUCAUCCAGGAGCUCGCCGAGCGCGACGAGGCCACCAUCUUCGCCACCGACAGCAUUCUGUCCAUGCUCAUGUGCUCGCCGCGAUCCGUCUACCCCUGGGACAUUGUCAUUGUCCGCCAGGGUAACAAGAUCUUCCUCGACAAGCGCGACAAUGCCAACCUCGACAUGGUGACGGUCAACGAGAACGCCGCCGACGCGCCCCUCGAUGCCGCCGACGGCAGCAAGGACGCCCUCAACCAGCCCGGCGCCCUGGCCGAGGAGGCCACCUAUAUCAACCACAACUUCGCUAACCAGGUCGUCGCCGAGAGCGAGUCGGCCAAGAUCGACAUGGCCCACGCCAACCCCUUCUACAACGCCUCCGAGGACACCGACCCGCCCGCCAGCAAGGCCUACAAGUACCGCCGCUUCGACCUCUCCACUAACGAUGAGGAGCCCGUCUACCUGGUGGUCCGUACCGAGAUCGACGCCGUCCAGAAGAACGCCAUCAGCGGCGGGGACCAGCUCGUCACCAUCAAGGCCCUCAACGAGUUCGACAGCAAGGCCCAAGGCAGCGGUGGCGCUCUCGACUGGCGUAGCAAGCUCGUCACGCAGCGCGGUGCCGUCGUCGCCACCGAGAUGAAGAACAACAGCUGCAAGCUGGCCCGAUGGACCGUCCAGAGCAUCCUGUCCAAGUCGGAUGUCAUGAAGCUUGGUUUCGUCUCCCGCGUCAACCCCCGCUCCAACGACAAGCACGUCAUCCUCGGCGUCGUCGGCUGGAAGCCCCGCGACUUCGCCAACCAGAUGAACCUCUCCCUGUCCAACGGCUGGGGCAUCGUCCGCACCAUUGCCGACAUGUGCCUCAAGCGCGAGGACGGUAAGUUCGUCCUCGUCAAGGACCCCAACAAGUCCAUCCUGCGUCUCUACGAGCUCCCCGCCGGCAGCCUCGAGGACGACGACGAGGAGGAGGAGCAGGAGGAGCAGCAGCCCGCCGAGGGCGCCGAGGAGUAG